GUAGUUUCCGAUCCAAUUAGCCCACACAUUUUGGGAUUCGCCAUGAAAUCGUUUCUCGCCGAACUGUUCCCCUGCUUCUUUCCCGGUGAGCAGCAUAUUUGCGAUCGGCUGCCGGAAGAGCUAUGGACGGAGAUCUUCGGCAGACUACCGUCCAGCUCUUUGUUGCAGUGCCUCUUGGUCUGCAAGUCAUGGCGCCGUUUCAUCACAAGUCCCUCUUUCGUUUCCAGUCAACUCGCCAAAACCCUGGGACCUUCGACUGCCGGCGACGGCCGUCGCCGACCGCUUCUGCUCUGCUAUUCCGAAGGCGGAAAUAAGUUCUCCUUGCGCUUCGACGACGACGGUAAUUUUGCUCUCCACUCAGACGCCCUCGUCCCUCCCGUGGCAGCGUCUUCUACGCUCGGAGUCGUCAACGGAUUGGUGUGCCUCUGCAGCAAUCGAAGUAGCCUCAUCCUCUGGAACCCUAAUAUUAGCAAAUCCCUGACUCUCCCGCCACCUCGAAAACAGGAGCCCGAUCUCUCCAGUCAAAUUAAGAUAAUGACCGGGUUCGGAAUCGGUUCCAGCGCCGACGAUUUCAAGGUUUUGACUGUUGCUGCUGCGUCGUCGUCCUCCGGAGGCAAGAUUACCCCCCUCGUCUCCGAUCUCUAUUCGCUUAGAACAGGGUCGUGGAAGAGCAUACCUUCUGGUACCCUCAAUUACGAGCUGAUCCCUCGUCAGGAGAACAAUCUUGCUUUCGCGAGCGGGAGGCUCCAUGGGAUCGUCCAAACAGAUGGGAAGUCGAGGAAUUUGGUCUUGGUGUUUGAUUUGAGAACUGAAACCUUCGGCGAGAUCAUGCUCCCCAAGUGUUUGACGAAAGUCCCAGCAUUUGAACUGCGUGUGAAGGCUUUUGGUGACUCGUCCACGAUAGCGGUUGUCAGGAGUGAGUGGAAAGCGCUUCCAGUGGAACCAGUUUUCCGCGGAACGGUUACGAAUUUUGAAAUAUGGGUGAUGAGCAAGUAUGGAGAAGCUGGAUCAUGGGACAAGGUGUACGAUGGCGUCCCUUUCCCGACCGGUGGCCCGGCCUCGUUGCUGUCUUUCGGAAGGAAAGACGAAGCUUUCGUUGCAGUGGGCACGGCGAGCACGUUGUUUACAUUGUUGGAACUAAAGGGCAGAAGCCAUAGAAUGGUUAGAGCUCUGAGUGAGGUAAGAACAAUGCCCUCCUUUAUUGAGCCUUACGUAAAGAGCUUAGCAUUGCUGGACAGAGGAAAGGGUAUCGAUCUGAAUCGAUACCCACCACCAAGAAGGCCAUCGUGGAUUAGCUCUGCAGCUAGUUGGUGUCUCGGUCAUCUACGUGCAUUGCUGGUGUUGCCGAUGAACGCGAUCAAGGCGUUGGGAGGCUUCGUUCUGACGAUCAUCCAAUUUGUUGGUUUGGUUCUGUGUUCGGAUCCCGCUUGCUUUGAGGCAUGUGUUGCAGGGGCGGCGGAGCUAGCUGAGCUCGUCGUAUAAUUUUGUCCGAUGUUUGGGAAUUAUCGUAUAUUUGUUUUUUGUACAUUUGUUUUUUUUUUCAGUUAUAUUUUCGUUCAAAAAAAUUGCUCUCCUAUUGAUCACAACACUCGAGUCACUAAGGAGAAUACUUCAAAAAAAUUGCUCCCAUUGAUCACAACACUCCAGUCACUAAGGAGAAUACAUGACGUUAUUGUUUUCGGAUAUAUUUACCAAAAAGUUAAUUUAAUUUUUAUAUUUUCUUGUAAGGGUAGUUAUUUUAAAGGUGUGGAUUUAGUUCUAACUUUUGAAUUCGUAUAUAUUUUCUAGGUUGUAUUAAUGGUAUUCAAACAUUUAUAUAUACAUACAUUUAUUUUUUAGUUAUAAAGAUCUUUAAAGACA